ACCCUAAACCCAAAUUUCCCCUUUGUCCAGUUCUCCAAUCCCCAACCUGUGCCGUGCGCGAGGAGGGGCGCGGUAGGGCGUAGAGCGGCGCGCGCGCGGGUCGGCGGCGCGGCAGCCGGCACUGGCAGCGCAGCGCAGCGCAGAGAGCAAGGCAAAGGCAGCCACCAACCAGGGACUGAAGGCAGGCAGAGGUAACAAGCUACAGAGGAGGAGAGGAAGAGGAGAGAUUAGGAAUGUUGAGGUGGCAAUAGCCGAAUUCAUUUCUCAAUGAUGAGCCCUAUGUAAAGUUGUAUACUUCUCCAUAUUUCACAUGGUUCUGUGCCGGCAGCCCAAAUAUGUAUUCCAAUGGUGCAGACACCUGAGAAUUCCCCCCCUGGGACUCUCUUCCUGCCCCUUCUCUGUACUGACAGCUUCAGCUUCAGUUCAAUCAGACUGCUCUAGUGAUGAUGAAAAACUGAAUUGUGCUCCGUCUCAACAUGCCCGGAAAAGAUCCCGCCCUUUGUGCUCUGAUAGUGUUGUACAGACUCUCCACUGCCUAAAGAGACGACCUGCCAUUGCAUUUGCCUACUUUAAAGAUACACAGAGCAUUGGGUUUAAUCAUGACUUUUCAACCUACUCAGAGAUGAUUCAGAUUCUAUCCCACUCACGCCAGGGGAAGAUGUUAGUUUCAUUGUUCUCUGAGCUUGUUUCAAGUAGUAAUGCUAGUGGUCCUGAAAUUUUGCCCCUUGUUGAUCACCACAGAAGAACAUGUGCUACUCCAUGUUCACUCUCGUUCAUGGUUGAUUGCUUGAUCAAGGCAUGCAUCACUUGCUAUGAUGUACAAGCAACCAUAUGCUUAUUUAGUGGCAUUUGCAGGCUUGGAGUUGUCCCAUCUGUUUGGACUUGGAACCUGCUUCUCAAAUUUAUAGCUGAGACUGGUGAAUAUGAGAUGGUUCUCGCAGCUUAUAAUGAAAUGAAGUGCUUUCAGCUGACUCCCGAUGUUUAUACAUUUGCCAUAGUCACUAGGUCACUUUUUCAAGCAAAGAAAGUGGACGAGGCUUUGCAAGUUUGGGCCGAGAUGACUGAAAUGGGAGUGAAACCAGAUGCACGUGGGUACUCGUCAUUUCUAAUUGGUCUGUGUGAUUGCGGAAAAUAUGAUUUAGCUUAUGUUAUUCUACAAGAGAUUAAUAGGGAGAAGGUUCCUGUUGAGGCCAUGGCUUAUAACAUGGUAAUGGAUGGACUAUGCAAAGAAAUGAGAUUGGAUGAGGCGGAAAAGCUCUUGGAAAACAAGGCCAGACAAGGAUCCAACCCUGAUGUAUAUGGUUAUAGCUAUCUGAUUCGGAGUUAUUGCAAAAUGGGCAACCUAAUAAAUGCUGUGGAUCAUUAUGAAGCCAUGGUUUCUCAUGGUAUUGAGACAAAUUGCCACAUUGUGAGUUACCUUCUGCAAUGCUUCAGGAAGUUAGGCAUGACAUCUGAAGCAAUUGCGUAUUUCCUGAAAUUUAAAGAUUCAGGGCUUCAUCUUGACAAGGUGAUUUAUAACAUUGCUAUGGAUACUUAUUGCAAGAAUGGGAACAUGAACGAGGCAGUUAAGCUACUGAAUGAAAUGAAGUAUGGGGGUUUGACACCUGACAAAAUUCACUACACAUGCCUAAUCAGUGGUUACUGUUUGAAGGGAGAAAUGCAAAAUGCACAGCAGGUAUUUGAGGAAAUGCUGAAGGCCAAUAUUGAGCCAGAUAUAGUUACAUAUAACAUAUUGGCUAGUGGGUUUUGCAAGAGCGGUCUUGUUAUGGAGGUGUUUGAUCUUCUAGACCGUAUGGCAGAUCAAGGUUUGGAGCCUAAUUCACUCACCUAUGGUAUAGCAAUUGUUGGAUUUUGUAGAGGAGGCAACCUUAGUGAAGCAGAGGUUCUAUUUAAUGUAGUAGAAGAAAAAGGAAUUGAUCAUAUCGAAGUGAUGUACAGUUCGAUGGUUUGUGGCUAUUUGCUUUCAGGCUGGACUGAUCAUGCUUACAUGCUUUUUGUAAGGGUUGCUCGACAAGGAAAUCUUGUGGAUCAUUUUUCAUGUUCUAAGUUGAUAAAUGACCUCUGUAGAGUUGGAAAUGUCCAGGGGGCUUCAAAUGUUUGUAAGAUUAUGUUAGAACAUGAUGUUGUACCUGAUGUGAUUUCAUAUAGCAAACUCAUAUCAAUCUAUUGUCAGAAUGGAGAUAUGGACAAAGCUCACUUAUGGUUCCACGAUAUGGUUCAGCGAGGACUUUCUGUUGAUGUUAUUGUAUACACUAUACUGAUGAAUGGUUACUGCAAGGCUGGUCGUCUGCAAGAAGCUUGUCAAUUGUUUGUUCAAAUGACAAACUUGGGCAUAAAGCCUGAUGUGAUUGCAUAUACAGUUCUACUGGAUGGUCACUUAAAGGAGACCCUUCAGCAAGGUUGGGAGGGGAUUGCUAAAGAGAGAAGGAGCUUUCUUCUUAGAGCGAAUCAUAACAAGUUAUUAAGCUCCAUGAAAGACAUGCAAAUUGAACCUGAUGUACCCUGUUACACGGUGUUGAUUGAUGGAAAGUGCAAAGCUGAAUAUCUAGUGGAAGCCCGGGAACUAUUUGAUGAGAUGUUGCAGAAAGGACUUACUCCUGAUGCUUAUGCUUACACAGCUCUUAUAAAUGGAUAUUGUAGCCAAGGGGAAAUAUCAAAGGCUGAAGAUCUUUUGCAAGAAAUGAUUGACAAGGGAAUAGAACCAGAUGAAUUGACCUUUUCAGUAUUAAAUCAGAGUUCCUUGAGGUCUAGGAAGAUUCAGUUCUGUGCAUGAUUCCCUCUGUGGUACCAUGUUUAGUAAAUUCUUUCUACUGAGGACACCUAUGUCAACAGCAAGGAGGUCAACAUUGCUGAUGAAGAACUUUCUGUAAAAAUUCGCAAAGAAAAUGAGGCUCCUGUUGUUGAGAGAAAAGUCAAGAACAUUUCAGAUACCAACAUUAAGAGGGAUUGGUACGGAUAAACACAGAAGAUUUCCGAUUUCCAAAAUCGGGGGUCUACACCUCCCUGCAAAUCUCUUUGAGUCCUCAUGCAAUAGAUGGCCUUGUUAAAGGAUUGGAGGCCAAUCAACGUCUAGUAGGUGACUUGACCCUAGCAACCCUUGAGGACAGUUGAACUCAGUUCAGAGCAGCGCACUUGUCAUGGUCUCCUUUUUUACUGGGGGUUUGAUCUCUUUUGUCAGCACAGGCUCUGAUUUUACCUCCUAGACAUUCAAAAUAGGAACUCUCUUCAAUUCCAGUUCCAGAUACUGUUCCUCAAGAACACAGGUCCAAAUUCCACUUAAGGUUGUGACUCUCUGUGCAAGUAGAGAUGUGAUUUGUCAAAUUUGGAACGGCACUAGUUAAUGUCAAACUUCGAUUCCCUGUUGUAUUGAAUUAAUUCAUGGAACCUACAAAUCUUCCACCUGAAGAUUUUUUGCCUGCCUGGAAUUCUGGAAAGCAUUAGCUGCUCAGUCUCUGAAAGUUUAAGAUGUGGAGUUCACCAAAGAGUCUUUAAUUAAUCGAUUAUCCUUAGGGAUAAUUGGUUCUAAUUCCGUCUACAUUGGAAGCCAUAGUUCCUUCAGAAGUACCUGUCACAAUGGCAGCACAAUGAAAAGAGGAAAACAAAGCAUCCUGCUGGCAAAACGACUUGUGGCUGAAGAACAAUGAUGAAGCAAGGGGUGACGCAGAAGUAUUUAUUUUACUUUUGGCCGGGUUAUAACUUAUAAGUCCCUUGAUCACUGCAGGUUAUAAGCUCUGGGAAUCCUCAUUGCCCUAGGUCUAGUGUUGAAUCUAUGUAGUUUUUUAUGUAGUUUUUUCAACCAAAAUCGAUCUUGAAGUUUGCUGUUUAUGUGUAAUUACGAUUUGUAUCAACAAGAUUAGAAUGUUUAGCUAUAUGCCUUGGAUUGAUUAACUAGGCUCGUUUUUUUUCUCAUUCAAGUGUUCAAUGAAAUGUAUGGUUCUCUAGCUUCUCUUUUGUUUCAAAAUCCUUAGUUUUGGGGGCUUGCGUGUAGAUGGCAGCUGUAUCUUUCAUGUAUAUAAAGCUAUGGUUGUAGAAAAUUAUAGUGCGUAUUAUAAAUUAUUGUAGGAUAUAUUAUAUUUGA